UCUGGGGCCGCCUCCAAAUUGACCGAGUUGUCCAGCUUGCGUGAAUUCAACAAGUUUGUCGGCGUUCCACAGCUCUCCGUCAUCGACUUCUACGCCACCUGGUGCGGCCCGUGCAAGGCCAUGUCUCCAAUCUUGGAGAAGUUUGCCUCCGAUUUUGAGGCUGAAGGCGUCAAGUUUGGUAAGGUCGACGUUGACCAAGCCCAGUCCAUUGCUGCUGAGUAUGGUGUCACCGGUAUGCCAACCUUUAUCUUGCUCAAGGACGGUGCCAAGGUUGACAAGGUUGUCGGUGCCGCGCCACAAAAGUUAUUGGACGCCAUCAACAGCAAC